CACACGUUCUUAGCCAGCGACCACCAACUCGCUCCCCGCCUACAGUUUCACAAAAUGUCUCAAGGUCGGACUCCAAAUGAUGCUGGCACUGGUACCACCCAGACACAGAACCGGGAAGCAAUGAUCCAGGAUGCCGUCACGAUUGCCGUGGAGACUGCUCUUAAGCCAGUCACCUCCAGUCUUGGCGAUAUCCAGGAACAGCUAGGUCCUGUUACCGACCACUUGGAGGAAAACACCGUUGCCGCGCAUGGCCAGAUGCUGCAAGACUGUCUCGGCCCACUGCAAGAUAUCCUUACUGCUGUCCAACCUGAGAUCCUCAACGAGAUGGGUCAGCGUUUCGCGCGGUUGGACAGCAAUGUUGAGACACUGCAGAAUCAGACCAAGACAGCGAAUCAACACCUGGAUGACCUCGGACAGUCGGUGCAGGUAACAUUGGGUGUUGCAGCUGCGACCGGCAAACGGGUUGGGGACAUCACCAAUGACCAGCAAGUUACAAAUAGGCAUGUUAAUGACCUUGUUAUCGACUCACGUCAGAUAUAUAAUUUCGGUUGCGGUCCGGGAUUUGUUCGUCAAUUCAAGACCAUACCCUUCAUUCGCACAGACGGCGAAAUUCAAUCACCAAACGACCUUGGCUUGCCUUCACUGUGGGACAUCCGCGUGAUAAAUAACUUAACGGACCACCAGCUUGAUCAGUACUUGGAAGGAUACGGGAUCGAACACAACGGGUUGGAUCGCGAGGCGAAACUGUCCAAGCUCGCAGGGCACAUCGGUUGUGCGCCUAUUGAUCGCUCUAGUUCGCACAGCAUGACCCUGUACUUCAUGUUGAUAAUGGGAUGUCUCUUGUACUUAUACUUUCCCCAGCUAUUUGCUUGAGCUAUAACUUACUCUGUUGUUAUGUGUAACCCCUAUUAGCCUGUACUAUGGUCUUUACUGCCUGUUUUCUACUUGUAGUGUCAGUUUCAUGACGUCGUUUGUUUAUGGACCUACAUAGCUUUCAGGUCUCCUGAUGGUGGCUAUGAGUUGGACUCCAUCUCCGC